AUGGACAAUUCUUCCGAGAGCAAUGGCGUCAAUGCCAACUCUAGGCUCCUUGAGUCGAAUCCUGCCAGUGACACCCGCAAUCGUGCUCAUGGCACAUUCACACCGGCAUCUAUACAGAGCUAUGGUGAAAGCAGCCACCUCUCUGACAGCGGAUACCACCAUAGUAGAGAUGGCAUCUCUUCGGCGCCGGGUGUUGGGAAAUCUGCAACGAAGCAGCUGGCCGACGCCCACGGUGUAAAGAACCAAAGAGCCAUGUAUCUCGCAUACUAUGUACCGUUCUUCACUUGGAUAACACAGUACAAGUGGUCGUACCUUCGCGGUGACUUCAUCUCAGCCUUGACCGUUUCGUCAAUCUAUAUCCCCAUGUGUCUGUCACUGGCAUCUAACGUUGCUCAUCUACCUGCCAUUAACGGGCUAUACUCAUUCAUCUUCCAUCCAUUUAUAUACUCUAUCCUCGGCAGUAGCUCAAUGUUAAUCGUGGGACCCGAGGCCGCUGGAUCCCUCCUGGUAGGAACCGUCGUUAGAAACACAGUCGAUGACGGGAAGGGUAUCGACGACGAUGCCCGCGGCAACUCUGCAAUUGCUGGAAUUGUCGUGGGGAUGGCUGGAGCAAUGACUCUUAUAGGGGGAAUCACGCGUUUAGGUUUCGUUGAUAACAUCCUCAGUCGCCCGUUUCUCAGGGGCUUCAUCAGUGCCAUUGGUUUCAUGAUCAUGGUAGAUCAAUUUGUUCCCGAGAUGGGGUUGUCUGAACGAGCCAAAGACGUCAUGUUGGGUACCCACGGCAGCUCUGCGGAGAAGCUGAUGUUCUUGUUCCGCAAUGUACAAUAUAGUCAUGUUCUUACCUGUGCUGUCUCAUUCAGUACGUUUGCAAUCAUCAUGGUCUUCAGGGUACUGAAGAAACACAUGGAACCGCGGUAUCCGGGUGUAGUCUUCAUCCCAGACCAGUUCCUCGUCGUCGUGCUGUCCGCAGUCUUGACCUGGCAUCUAGAGUGGGAUAAAAAGGGCCUCGCCAUUCUCGGCAAUGUCAAAGGCCCCAGCAAUCUAUUCAAGUUCGAGUGGCCUUUCCAGGCAGACCGAAUAGAACAUAUACGCAGCGCCAUGAGCACCUCCUUCAUCAUCUCUCUCCUAGGCUUCUUUGAAUCCUCGGUCGCCGCAAAGGGUAUUAGGUCUGCAACCAAAGGCGGAAUCGAAGGCAUGACAUAUAGUCCAAAUCGUGAACUCGUUGCCCUAGGGGUUGCAAACAUGGUUGGCGGAUGUUUCAUGGGUCUUCCCGCAUUCGGUGGUUAUGGCCGCAGCAAGCUUAGUGCUGCAACCGGCUCCAAGACCCCGAUGAGUGGAAUAUUCGUAGCCUUGAUCACUCUCACAUGCGUCAUAUGGCUGCUCCCAUAUUUCUAUUACCUCCCCAUGGCGGUGCUCUCGGCAUUGAUCUCAGUGGUUUCAUACACGCUGAUAGAAGAAUGCCCCGAGGACAUCCGUUUCUUCAUCCGAAUUCGCGGCUGGUCAGAGCUCACCCUAAUGCUCCUGAUCUUUUUCUCCACGGUCUUCUACUCCCUCUACCUCGGCAUAGCGCUUGGAAUGGGCCUUUCUCUCCUUCAAAUCAUCCGCCACGCAACCAAACCACGCAUCCAAAUUCUUGGAAAGGUGCACGGAACCCGCGACCGAUUCGAGAACGCUGAAAUCCAUCCCGAGCGUGUCGAGUUCAUCGCCGGCUCGCUAAUCGUGAAGAUUCCUGAACCACUCACCUUCGCUAACACAGGCGAUCUAAAGAACAGAUUGCGUCGGUUGGAGUUCUAUGGCACAAAUGCCGCCCAUCCCGCCUUACCACGCGUUCGGUCUCCAGAGCACAAUAAGAACAUCAUCUUCGACAUCCACGGGGUAACUAGCAUAGACGGUUCGGGCGUUCAGGUGCUGAGUGAAAUCAUCGAAGAAUACGUCUCGCAUGGCGUGCGUGUGUUUUUCUGCCGCAUUCCCCUCCCCGAAAGUGAAGUAUUCAGGAUGAUGGAGAGGAGUGGCAUUAUUGAGACGUGUGGCGGCAUAACACACUUUGUGCCCACAGUUGAUAGCGCCCUCCAGUUGACGGAGAUGGAAUAUCUAGAUCAUGAGUGA